GUGUGUGUGUGUGUGUGUGUGUGUGUAUGUGUGUGUGUGUGUGUGUGCUUAUUGAAUCAGAGUGAGGGAGAAGGAACGGAAGUGUCUCUUUUUCCUUUUGGAGCAGGCACAGCUCAAUCCUUUCUCUCACGUUUGCCGAGUCGUGCCGGGUGGGAGACAAAACGACAACAACAAAAUAACCGAUGGACAAGAUGAACCACAGCUCAGCCGAGGCGGAGGCUGAGACCAUAGAACCACUGCGUUACCUCAGUAAAGGGGAGGCAGCGGCCAUUGAGACAGAGCUACUGAGGGACUACAGGUUUGGACAACAGCAGCUGAUAGAGAUCUGGGGACAGGCGUGCGCCCUCGCCAUCACUAAGGCCUACCCUCUCAACUCUCUAGCAAAGAAGCAGCCAACAGUGCUGGUGAUCUGUGGUCCGGAUCAAAACGGCUCCAUCGGCCUGGUGUGUGCCCGGCACCUCCGCAUGUAUGAAUAUGAGCCCACCAUCUACCACCCUCAACGCUCCUCUCAGAGUCUACACCAGGACUUCACAGUUCAGUGUGAGAAGAUGGAUAUCCCCUCCCUCUCCUAUCUCCCCACAGAGGUGCAGCUCAUAAACGAUGCCUACAACCUAGUGAUUGAUGCCAUGCUGGGCCCAGAUGCAGACUGUGCCAACAUUAAAGAGCCCUACCCCGGUAUCCUGGUCACCCUGAAGCAAGUCAAGAUCCCCAUCGCCAGUGUGGAUGUGCCCUCAGGUUGGGACGUAGAGGAACCGAGUCAGGAUGGCAUCAACCCAGAAGUUCUCAUCUCACUCACCGCACCAAAGAAGUGCGCCAUAAGUUUCUCGGGGAAGCAUUUCUUGGCCGGACGCUUCCUGCCCUAUGACAUCCAGAAAAAAUACGACCUCAACCUCCCAGAAUACCCUGGCACAGACUGUCUCAUAGAAUUGUAACACAUGGGAAACAUAGUCAGAGUGACCACUCCUCAUUUUGAAAAAAUCGUAUGGUUGAUCCCUUCUCUUGUUUUGUAUUUUAUAGAUUGUAAAUGUGAUUUAAUGUUUUAACAGCUUGGUUCUGUAGAUCGGGCUACACCUUUAGCCUAAAUGUGCUGUUGAGCUGCAGUAGAAGGAUAAUAUGUAGAAGCUGUGGAUUGAGUCAAGUCUUUUUAUGGAAUGGCAUGAGUUCUUGUGUCAGUCUACUUGUAAAAGCUGUAGCAUUACACUGUUUUCUGAUUACUUUGCAAAAGACAGAAAUUUCUUCAGAGAGAUUCAUUUUCUAUGACGCUAACCAAUGGAAUGUUUUAUUUUUUUUGGCCCUUCAAACCUUUUUUUAAUGUUCCUGUUCAGAUGCUUUUAUGUUUAACUUUCUACUGAAAUGUGCUGCUGAGAUGAGAUGUUGUGUAUGUUGGCCAUUUAGAUAUUUCUGUUUGUGUAUUUUUUGUUUUUUUGGUCAGCCUGCACUUUUUGUUUCAGUUACUUCAUCAGCUGUUACAAAA